UAAUAACGUUACAAUAGGUAUAUAAAACAAAUGUAUAUGUGAGAGUGUUUGCGACGACGAUACCCGCGAGACAACGAACGAAACGCAACAAAAUUUAAGCAACGUGCUCCACAUUAAAUAUUUAAGAAGCGGCAGAAGACACUUUUCAGCAGAGCUGAGAAAAGGAGAGAACGAGCUCCAGCUGUUGUUUUCGCACUCAAUGUCAGCCAAGUGAAGGAGCCCGAGGCAGCCUAUACCCCACCCCACCCGUUGCCAACAUGUACGGCCUGCUGUUGGAGAAUCUCUCCGAGUACAUCAAGUCCGUCUAUGGCGAGGAGAAAUGGGAGGACAUCCGAAGGCAGGCGGGCAUCGAUUCGCCAUCAUUCAGCGUGCAUCAAGUGUAUCCAGAGAAUUUGCUACAAAAAUUAGCCAAAAAGGCACAACAGGUUCUUGGGGUCUCUGAGCGGGAAUUCAUGGACCAAAUGGGUGUAUAUUUCGUGGGCUUUGUCGGUCAAUAUGGCUACGAUCGUGUGCUGUCUGUGCUGGGUCGUCACAUGCGUGACUUUCUCAAUGGUCUGGACAAUCUGCAUGAGUACCUAAAGUUCUCGUAUCCUCGCAUGCGUGCACCCAGUUUUAUUUGUGAAAACGAAACCAAACAGGGUCUGACGCUGCAUUAUCGAUCGAAGCGUCGUGGAUUUGUCUACUACACAAUGGGGCAGAUACGUGAGGUGGCCAGAUAUUUCUAUCACAAGGAGAUGCACAUUGAGUUGGUGCGCGAGGAGAUACUCUUCGAUACGGUGCACGUGACCUUUCAGCUGACCUUUGAUAAUCGUGCUUUCACGCUCGCAUCCUUGGCGAUGACACGCGAGGAGAAGCAUCUGCCCAUCAGUGCUCAUGUGCUCUUUGAGAUAUUCCCUUUCUGCAUUGUCUUUGGCGCUGACAUGGUUGUGCGCAGCAUUGGCAACUCUUUGAUGGUCAUUUUGCCCGAACUGUUGGGCAAGAAAAUUACAGCCUGGUUUGAUUUGGUGCGCCCGCUGAUUGCAUUCAAAUUCCAAACAAUACUCAAUCGCACCAAUAACAUUUUUGAGUUGGUCACUGUGGAUCCGGUUACCGAGCGCAUGGAUGCCCAGAACGAUGAUUUGCUGCUGCAUGACGAUGGCAGUGAGCCCGAAAAAUCACUGAGAUUGAAGGGUCAAAUGGUUUACAUGGAAAACUGGCGCAUGAUCAUGUUCCUGGGCACACCCGUCAUGCCGGAUUUGACGUCUUUGAUCACCACCGGGCUCUAUAUCAAUGAUUUGUCCAUGCAUGACUUUAGCAGAGAUCUUAUGCUGGCGGGCACACAGCAAUCGGUGGAGCUGAAAUUGGCCUUGGAUCAGGAGCAGCAAAAGUCCAAGAAGCUGGAGGAAUCCAUGAGAUUGUUGGAUGAGGAAAUGCGUCGCACCGAUGAGCUGCUCUAUCAGAUGAUACCCAAACAAGUGGCAGAUCGUCUGCGCCGUGGCGAGAAUCCCAUAGAUACCUGUGAGAUGUUUGACAGCGUCUCCAUACUCUUCUCGGAUAUUGUGACCUUUACCGAGAUUUGCAGUCGCAUUACACCCAUGGAGGUGGUCUCCAUGCUGAAUGCCAUGUACUCAAUAUUCGAUAAGCUCACGGAAAGGAAUUCUGUGUACAAAGUGGAGACAAUUGGGGAUGCUUAUAUGGUGGUGGCUGGCGCACCCGAUAAGGAUGCCAAUCAUGCGGAGCGUGUCUGUGAUAUGGCGCUGGAUAUGGUGGAUGCCAUCACUGAUCUGAAGGAUCCCUCAACCGGACAGCAUUUGAGAAUACGUGUUGGUGUCCAUUCUGGUGCCGUUGUGGCUGGCAUUGUGGGCCUGAAGAUGCCACGUUAUUGCCUCUUUGGGGACACUGUCAACACCGCCUCGCGCAUGGAGUCCACCAGCAUUGCCAUGAAGGUGCACAUUUCAGAGUCCACGAAAAUCCUCAUUGGCCCCAGCUACAAGAUACUGGAGCGUGGGGAGAUUGAUGUCAAGGGCAAGGGCACCAUGGCCACCUAUUGGCUGGAGGAGCGCGAGAAUCGUUUGCCGCUGCAGCUGGCCACUGGAUUGCUGAUGCAUCCGAUGGCAGCCAGUGCCAAGGCCAUAAUGCCGGCACCCUCGAAGCCAGUGACGCCCAUGGUGGUGCCGCUGCCUGUGGCAGUGCCCGUGCCCGUAGCUGCAGCUGCCCCUGCGCUGCCUGUGGAGCAUGCCAGCAUGUCUGGUGUGGUGCUGACAGCCACAAAUACCAUGACAGCAGCGGCGCAUCUGACGCAUCAUCAUGGCACGGGAACAGCGGGAGCUGCAGCUGGUGGAGCCACUGCCACGGCAGACGAUCGCAGCAGUCGCAUCUACUCCCCAGUGACGUUCAAGGACGUGGCACGUCGCAGCAUUGCCAAUUCGCCGGUGAGGCACAGCGGUGGGUACUCCUACACCGAUCAGGAGAAGCGUCGCGACUCACGCUCCAACUCCACGGGCCACGUCUUUAUGCGUUCCCCGUCGGACAUUUUCGGUUCAUUGAUCCUCGACACUGAGGAGUUUCUCGAGGAUUUGCAAAUCUCUCGCGGCUCGCUGGUCAACAACAACAACAACAACAACCAGCCGCCGGCAGAGUGCGGGUUUAGUCCCACGCCACCGUUUCGCAUUGGUAGUGCACCGCCCAAGCCGCGGCCCAGCAAUCCGGACAAGUUUACGCCCGAGGAGCUGGCGGCCAUGGACCAGAUGACGCCACCAUCGACAGCUCCGGCCAGGGAGACGGCCACGUGCAGCAGUGCCAGUCUGAAGAGCGCCACAUCGAACGCCUCGCUGGACCGGGAGAAGACCACAAAGCUCAAGAAAAUCACCUUCUCCAACAGCGCCAGCCUGGAGGCACCCUCCCCGCCUGCCAUAUCCGCUGUGGUGUGUCCGAUGCGCGCCAAGUCGCCACAGCUGGCCACAGUGUCCACAGCGCCGCUAGUGGUGCCAGUGCAGGCGAGCAGCAGCCAUGGCAAGCGACCCGGCUCCAAGGAUUCGGUCUCAUCCAUUUCGCUGCACUCACCGCCGCCGCAUCGAGCGCAGUCAGCGCCAGCAAGACCCCAUUCCAUGUCGAAGGCAGCGCGCAAGGCCUUUCUGGCCGCCAAGCAAACCAAGGCCAUGGAGAAGCUGGACAAAAUGAUCGAAGAAGUGCACGAGGUGGAGUCCCAGUCGGCGGUGAAGGCGGCCAACAUGCGGCUGGCUGUGUUUGGACAUGAUGGCGGGGGAGAAAAUGGCGGGGAUAUGGCUGCCGGUGGUUGUCCACUGUUCCUGCCACCGCCGCCACAGCAGCAGCAGCGCCUCAUGGCUGGCUCCGUAUCAGAUUCGAGCAUCUGCAAUCAUGGCCACAGCCAUGCGCCCAGCUGCCAUCACAUGGAGCCAAAGAUGAGCAACAGCCAGAGUUUUCAGCACAGUCCGCGUGUCCAUCAGUGCUGCAGCGGCUUUGGUCAUGGCAAUGGCAGACACUCGCAUCGCAUGCACUCGAAUGCCUGCAGGAUAUUGUAGAGGAAUAGUCCUGGAGCUCAUCUUCACAUUCAUAUCAUGUAUACAAACUGAUUCUGAUUACGAUUCCCGAUGUGGCUCAAUGUUCCCUGGCGUGUGGUCCAGUGACGGAAUAGUUUGGCAAUUAUUAGAUUUUAGUUAGUUGUUGAUACUCAUAGCAUAGAGAAAAGUAUUAGGAUGUAUCCUACACCAAAACCCCACGUUAGCUAGUUAAACAGGCCUUUAACACAUUGGCAGCUCCAUGUCUAAAAUAUGCUAAAGCGAACUGUAUAAAUUGUUAUAUGAAAUAACCAACUAAAUGUUGAACAAACGGAUUUCAAAACUACUCUACUUUGACCUCUCAAAUAUGACAAUACCACAAAGGAAAUAUAUACACACACACAACACACAACACACUCAGAACAAACUAUUUUCUUAACAAAUGAACCACAAAAUAUUGUAUACUGUAAGGCUUUUCUUCACGCAUCAUCAUGAUACCACCUGAGGCAAGGUCUUGCUCAAGUAUAUUACAAUAUAUUCUAUAUAUGUAUGUGUAUAUGUAUGUAUUAUAAAACUCUAUAUAUAUUUAUCAUAUAUAUAAUAUAUAUAUUUGUAGUAGUUACAUGUUUAAGGAGUAGUUUUUAUGUGUACACCGCCUAUUAAAUAAAUGUCUCCGAAAUCCU